AUGGCCGAGAAUGUGGUGGAGCCAGGCCCGCCUUCAGCCAAGCGGCCUAAACUCUCCUCACCGGCGCUCUCCGUGUCCGCCAGCGACGGCACAGAUUUUGGAUCACUCUUUGAUCUGGAACAUGACUUGCCAGAUGAACUGAUCAGCUCCACAGAAUUGGGACUCACCAAUGGUGGUGACAUUAAUCAGCUGCAGACCAGCCUUGGCCUGGCACAAGAUGCUGCCUCUAAACACAAGCAGCUGUCUGAACUUUUACGGGCUGGUAGCUCCCCAAAUCUCAAUAUGGGGGUUGGUGGCCCUGGCCAGAGCAUGGCUAGUCAAACCCAACAAAAUAGUCCUGGAAUGGGAAUGUUAAACAGCAUGGUGAAAAGCCCCAUGGCACAGGGUGGGUUGACUUCUCCCAAUAUGGCAAUGGGUGCAAGUGGACCAAACCAGGGUCCUUCAGCCCAAUCCACAGCAGGAAUGAUGCCAACAGUAAACAGUCCAGUUAAUCAGCCUGGCAUGGGAAUGAACACAGGGAUGAAUCCUGGCAUGAAUCCUGGCAUGUUGGCAGCAGGCAACGGACAGGGGAUGAUGCAGGGGCAAGUCAUGAACGGUUCAAUUGGAGCAGGCAGAGGGCGACCUAAUAUGCCGUACCCAAACCCAGGAAUGGGUAGCGCUGGUAACUUGCUGGCUGAGACACUGCAACAAGGCUCUCCGCAGAUGGGAGGACAGGCUGGACUGAGGGGGCCACAGCCUGGAGCCAUGAAUAAGAUGGGAAUGAUGAGCAAUCCCAACCCUUAUGGCCAGCCAUAUAGUCAGAAUACUGGGCAGCAGAUUGGAGCCAGUGGACUUGGGCCUCAGAUGCAGAAUAAAGCUGGACUGCAGAAUAGCUUACCACAGUUUCCAAUGGACAAGAAGCCAGUUCCUGGGGCAGGAAUGCCUAACAUGGGCCAGCAGCAGGCUCCCCAAGUUCAGCAAGCUGGGAUGGGGCCAGCAGCUUCUCAAGGAAUGGGGUCUGGAGCACCAACAGCAGAUCCAGAAAAACGCAAACUCAUUCAGCAGCAACUGGUUCUCCUUUUACAUGCUCACAAGUGUCAGCGGCGAGAACAGGCCAACGGAGAAGUGCGACAGUGCAACCUCCCUCAUUGCCGAACCAUGAAGAAUGUCCUGAACCACAUGACACAUUGUCAGGCUGGCAAGUCUUGCCAGGUGGCGCAUUGCGCGUCUUCCCGACAAAUCAUCUCGCACUGGAAAAAUUGUACGAGACAUGACUGUCCUGUGUGUUUGCCACUCAAAAAUGCUGGGGACAAAAGAAAUCAACAAUCACUGCUGGGCGGAGCUGCAGUAGGACUUGCAAAUACUGGCUCCGUGGGUGUGGGGCAGCAGACAACGCCCAGCAUAAACACUACCAGUCAGAUAGACCCGAGCUCCAUCGAGAGAGCCUACGCAGCCCUUGGACUGACCUAUCAAGGGAACCAGAUGCAGACACAACCUCAGGCUCAAGUGAAGAAUCAGCAACAAGGACAGUCACCCCAGGGUCUGCGCCCUAUGAAUCCUAUGAGUGCAAAUCCAAUGGGAGUGAAUGGAGGAGUAGGGGUUCAAACCCCUAAUCUGCUGCCUGACUCAAUGUUACAUUCAACAAUUAAUUCCCAAAACCCUAUGAUGAGUGAAAGCGCCAACGUUGCUAGUUUGGGAGCCAUGCCAACAGCUCAACCAUCCAAUACCGGAAUUCGAAAGCAGUGGCAUGAAGACAUUACUCAGGAUCUCCGAAACCACCUUGUUCAUAAAUUAGUCCAAGCCAUAUUUCCUACUCCUGACCCUGCAGCACUGAAGGAUCGGCGUAUGGAGAACCUGGUGGCAUAUGCUCGGAAAGUGGAAGGGGAUAUGUAUGAAUCGGCAAACAGCAGGGCAGAGUACUAUCACUUGCUAGCGGAGAAGAUCUAUAAGAUUCAGAAGGAGCUGGAGGAGAAACGAAGAACGAGGCUGCAGAAGCAAAACAUGAUCCCAAAUGCUCCGGGCAUGCCACAGGCUCCCAUGAAUCAAGGGCCCAACAUGGGACAGCCUCAGCCAGGGAUGUCUGCAAAUGGUCCUCUUCCUGACCCAACCCUGAUACGUGCCAAUGUGCCAAACCAGAUGAUGAAUCGCAUGCAGGCACAGCCAGGAAUGAAUCAGUUUGGCCAGAUGAACAUGCAGCUGUCACCGAUGGGACCCCGGCAAACCCCUCCUCUUCAGCACCCUGGACAGCUAAGCCAGGCUGGGGCCAUGAACCAGCAGAUGGGAUUUCCUUCACGUAUGCAGCAGCCAGGAGUUGGCCAGCCUUCUGGUCAGAAUCAGUUUCUACAACAGACCCAGUUCCCUGCUUCUUCCCCCGGAAUGAACACGGCGAGCAUGCCUAUGACUCAGCCUGGCAAUCAGACACCAGUUUCUCAAGCACAAAUGACCAGUACUUCCUGUCCUGUGAAUUCUCCUGCAAUGGCUCCAGGUUCUCAAGGGAGCCAUAUUCACUGCCCACCUCUUCCACAGCCUCCCAUGCACCGAAAUUCUCCUUCUCCAGUACCUAGUCGAACCCCAACACCUCACCACACGCCCCCAGGCUUGGGUUCGCAGCAACAGCAGGCAGCAGCAGCUGCCACUACUGCCCCCACACCUACUCCUCAGGCAAUGCCACCUGGACCGCAGUCGCAGACUAUGCACCCCCCUCAAAGGCAGACUCCAACGCCUCCACAGGCACAGCUGCCUCCACAAGUCCAGCCUCCAGUUCCAGUUACCCCUUCUGCAGAGCAACAGCAGCAGCCCUUGUCACAGCAGAGCACGACUGCAUCUGUUCCAACACCAACAGCACCACUGCAGCCUCAGCACCCCACAACACCUCUUUCACAGCCAGCUGUAAGCAUUGACGGGCAGGUAUCCAACCCCCCAUCCACCAGCAGCACAGAGGUGAACUCUCAGCAGACUGUUCCAGAGCAGCAGCAGCCACCCUUGCAGGAAGUAAAAAUGGAUAUUAAAACAGACGAAGGGGAACCAGAACAAACAGAGCUGCAAAUAGAGGAGAAACCUGAGAUUAAAGUAGAACCAGUCGUGGAGGAAUGUAAACCAGACCCAAUGGAACAAGAAGACAAGAAAUCUGAAGUGAAGACUGAAAUACCAGAGGGGGAAGAAAGGCCUACUACUCCAGCUACUCAGUCUUCUCCAGCAGCUGGGCAGUCUAAGAAAAAAAUUUUCAAGCCAGAAGAGUUGCGGCAGGCACUUAUGCCAACACUGGAGGCACUUUAUCGUCAGGAUCCAGAGUCUCUUCCAUUUCGACAGCCUGUGGAUCCUCAACUAUUAGGAAUUCCUGAUUAUUUUGACAUAGUGAAGAACCCCAUGGACCUUUCUACUAUCAAGAGGAAGCUAGACACAGGACAGUAUCAGGAACCGUGGCAAUAUGUAGAUGACAUCUGGCUUAUGUUCAAUAAUGCCUGGCUGUAUAACCGCAAAACAUCCCGGGUAUAUAAGUACUGUUCCAAACUGGCAGAGGUGUUUGAGCAAGAAAUUGACCCCGUUAUGCAGAGCCUUGGUUAUUGCUGUGGAAGAAAGUUGGAGUUCUCGCCACAGACUUUAUGUUGCUAUGGCAAACAGCUAUGCACAAUCCCUCGAGAUGCCACUUACUACAGUUACCAGAACAGGUAUCAUUUCUGUGAGAAGUGCUUCAACGAAAUCCAAGGGGAGAGCGUUUCUUUGGGAGAUGACCCAUCACAACCUCAAACCACGAUAAACAAAGAACAGUUUUCAAAAAGGAAAAAUGAUACACUGGACCCUGAACUAUUCGUUGAAUGUAUAGAAUGUGGAAGAAAAAUGCACCAGAUCUGUGUUCUUCAUAACGAGAUAAUCUGGCCUUCUGGCUUUGUCUGUGAUGGCUGCCUAAAGAAAACAGGACGAACCAGGAAGGAGAACAAAUUCUCUGCUAAAAGGUUACCGGCUACAAGACUUGGUACCUUCUUGGAGAACAGAGUCAAUGAUUUCCUAAGACGACAGAAUCACCCUGAGGCAGGAGAGGUUACAGUUAGGGUGGUACACGCAUCUGACAAAACUGUCGAAGUAAAACCAGGAAUGAAAGCAAGGUUUGUGGACAGCGGAGAGAUGGCUGAGUCUUUCCCUUAUCGAACAAAAGCGCUUUUUGCCUUUGAAGAGAUUGAUGGCGUAGACUUGUGCUUCUUUGGGAUGCAUGUUCAGGAGUAUGGCUCAGACUGUCCUCCACCCAAUCAAAGGCGAGUGUAUAUAUCUUACCUUGACAGUGUUCAUUUCUUCCGCCCUAAAUGCUUGAGGACUGCUGUCUAUCAUGAAAUACUAAUUGGAUAUCUAGAAUAUGUCAAGAAACUAGGGUAUACUACUGGACAUAUCUGGGCAUGUCCGCCUAGUGAAGGAGAUGACUACAUCUUCCAUUGCCAUCCUCCUGACCAAAAGAUACCCAAACCCAAACGACUGCAAGAGUGGUACAAAAAAAUGCUGGACAAAUCUGUGUCGGAGCGCAUUGUCCAUGAUUACAAGGAUAUAUUUAAGCAGGCAACAGAAGAUCGUCUAACAAGUGCGAAAGAGCUACCUUACUUCGAAGGAGAUUUCUGGCCUAAUGUUCUAGAGGAGAGCAUUAAGGAACUAGAGCAAGAGGAAGAAGAACGGAAGAGAGAAGAAAACACUAGUAAUGAAAGCACGGAUGUGAGCAAGGGAGACAGCAAAAAUGCCAAAAAGAAGAACAACAAGAAGACAAGUAAGAACAAGAGCAGCUUGAGCCGUGGCAAUAAGAAAAAGCCUGGCAUGCCCAAUGUGUCCAAUGACCUCUCCCAAAAGCUGUAUGCCACUAUGGAGAAGCAUAAGGAGGUAUUCUUUGUCAUCCGUCUCAUUGCUGGCCCUGCAGCUAACUCGCUGCCUCCCAUCGUUGAGCCUGACCCACUCAUUCCGUGUGACUUGAUGGAUGGGCGUGAUGCUUUCCUAACCCUUGCUAGAGACAAGCACCUGGAGUUCUCCUCACUACGAAGGGCUCAGUGGUCAACAAUGUGCAUGCUGGUGGAACUGCAUACCCAGAGCCAAGACCGCUUUGUUUACACCUGCAAUGAGUGCAAGCAUCAUGUGGAGACCAGAUGGCACUGCACUGUUUGUGAGGAUUAUGACCUGUGCAUCACCUGCUAUAACACUAAGAACCAUGACCACAAGAUGGAAAAAUUAGGCCUUGGUCUAGAUGAUGAGAGCAACAACCAGCAGACUGCAACUACCCAGAGCCCUGGUGAUUCCCGCCGCCUGAGCAUUCAGCGCUGUAUCCAGUCUCUGGUCCAUGCCUGCCAGUGUCGUAAUGCCAACUGCUCACUGCCAUCCUGUCAGAAGAUGAAACGGGUUGUCCAACACACCAAAGGCUGCAAACGCAAAACCAACGGAGGAUGCCCCAUCUGCAAGCAACUCAUUGCUCUCUGCUGCUACCAUGCAAAGCACUGCCAGGAGAACAAGUGCCCAGUGCCCUUCUGCCUCAACAUUAAACACAAGCUCCGUCAACAGCAACUUCAGCACCGCCUGCAACAGGCACAGAUGCUCCGAAGGAGGAUGGCAAGUAUGCAGCGGACCGGUGUGGUAGGCCAGCAGCAAGGAUUACCCUCGCCGACGCCAGCCACCCCAACAACUCCAACAGGCCAGCAGCCCCCAACACCGCAAACCCCACAACCCCAGCCUCCACCCCAGCCUGCCUCGCAGCCUCAACCUGCACCUCCCAACAGUAUGCCGCCCUACACCAUGCCAAGAACUCAGCCCCCCAGUGCUGUGUCCCAGGGCAAGGCAGGUGGCCAGGUGACUCCUCCAACUCCACCCCAGCCACCUCAACCACCAGUUCAGGGUCCUCCUCCAGCAGCAGUGGAAAUGGCCAUGCAGAUCCAGCGGGCAGCGGAGACGCAGCGUCAGAUGGCGCAGGUUCAGAUCUUCCAAAGGCCAAUUCAGCACCAGAUGCCCCAGAUGCCGCCUAUGGGAAUGAACCCUCCACAGAUAGGCAGAGGUCCUGGUGGUCAUAUAGAUCAAGGUAUGGGGCCGGCAGGAAUCCAGCAGCAGCCACCGUGGGUGCAGGGGGCCUUACCCCAAGCUCAACUGCAGCCAGGAAUGCAGAGGCCAUCCAUGAUGUCAGUAGCCCAGCCAGGUCAGCCGAUGAAUAUGGCACCUCAGCCAGGGAUGGGUCAGGUACCUGGCACUGCUCAGCCCAAACAACCACCUCUGCCCCAGGCAGCCUUACAAAACCUGCUGCGGACUCUCAGGUCUCCCAGCUCACCCAUGCAGCAGCAGCAGGUGCUUAACAUCCUUCACUCCAAUCCUCAGCUGCUGGCUGCUUUCAUCAAGCAGCGGGCUGCCAAGUAUGCAGGGUCCCAGAAUCCCCAGGGGAUGACAGGUCAGCCUGGCAUCCCCCAGGGUCAGCCGGGGCUCCAGACGCAGCAGGCCAUGCAAGGGCAGCAAGGAGGGGUGCACCCCAACCCAGCCAUGCAGAACAUGAACCCCAUGCAAGCGGGAGUGCAGAGGCCCAGCAUGCCCCAGCAGCCACCACAGCAGCAGCCGCAGCAGGCCAUGGCUGGGAUAAAUCCUCAGGCGCAGCAGAUGAAUAUGAAUCACUCGGGGAUGGCUCCCCAGUUCCGAGACCUCCUGAUGAGACGGCACCAGAUGAUUGAGCAGCAGCGUCACCAGCAGCAACAGCAGCAGCAGGGAGCAGGACCAGCACUGGGGCCAGGGAUGGCCAACCACAACCAGUUCCAGCAGCCCCAGGGCGUCGGGUAUCCCCAACAGCAACAGCAGCAGCAACAGCAGCAGCGAAUGCAGCAUCACAUGCAGCAGAUGCAGCAAGGAAACAUGGGACAAAUAAGCCAGCUUCCACAGGCGAUGAGUGCAGAGACAGGAGCCAGUUUGCAGCAGGCUUUCCAGCAGAGGCUACUUCAGCAGCAGAUGGGGUCCCCAGCUCAGCCCAAUCCAAUGAGCCCCCAACAGCACAUGCUCCCCAAUCAGGCCCAGUCCCCACACCUCCAGGGCCAGCAGCUCCCUUCAUCGCUCACCAAUCAAGUGCGUUCUCCGCAGCCUGUACCCUCACCGCGGCCCCAGUCCCAGCCCCCCCAUUCCAGCCCGUCCCCCCGGAUGCAACCUCAGCCUUCUCCACACCAUGUCUCCCCGCAGACCAGCUCCCCACAUCCAGGACUGGUAGCUGCCCAGGCUAACCCCAUGGAUCAAGGGCACUUUGCCAGCCCGGAUCAGAGUGCAAUGCUUUCCCAGCUUGCUAGCAAUCCUGGCAUGGCAGGCCUCCAUGGUACAAGCGCCACGGAACUGGGGCUCAGCUCCGAGAACUCGGACUUGAAUUCAAACCUUUCACAGAGUACACUAGACAUACACUAGACACACUGUAGCAUUUUGGGAGCAAAAAAAAAAAUUAAAAAAAAAGAAAAAAAACUUAUUUUCUCAAGACUUUUUGUACUGAAGACAAAUUUUUUUGAAACUUUCUUAGCUAAAACAACAUUUUUCCCUGGAACACAUCUGAACUCUGCAGCAGUAGUUUGUGGUUUUAAAAACAAACCAACAACAAACCUGAGGGACAGUAGAGUACAAAGAAUAUAUUUUUGUUAUGGCUGGAAUCAUCACCAGUCCUUUUUCUUGGGUUUUUUUUCCUUGUGUGCGUUGGGGAGGUCAGGGGAAGUGGGUGGU